CGAAGAGCAGCUACCCAGCGUGGGACGUAAAAAUUGGUCACUGAAAUCUGCAGUGGCAGGGUUCAUGGAGCCUAGGUGCACAGCCAUCUCUAGCCUCUCUCACUGAAAUUGUUCAUUCGCCUUCAUGCUGCCCAAAAGAUUCCACUAGUUUUUCUCUCAUCCAAAGUGAUUCCAACUCAAGUCGGGGCUCGUCCGCUUCAAGCUUUUUCUACUCCACGCACAUUGUGGGCGAUAAGCCUAUUCUCGUUCGAGAUUUCAUUCAUUCCUCCUUGUACCAUCCAUCCAUUCAUGGCUAUUUCUCUAGUAGAUCACGUUCUGUCGGAGUUCUUGAGAAGAGCAUUAAAUUUAAUUCAGCUUGAAGGCCGAACAGGCUAUAUAGAGAUACUUGGAUGAUAUUUACAAGCAGAAUGAUAUAUCAUGGUUUACGCCGGUUGAGAUUUUUAAGCCGUGGUAUGCUCAUGCAAUUGCUGAAGCCAUCAUGCGCACUGCAAACUUCUCAGUUCCUCUAAAAAUAUAUGAAAUUGGUGGAGGUUCAGGAACUUGUGCCAAGGGUAUACUGGAUUACAUGAUGUUGAAUGCUCCUGCGAAAGUGUAUAACAGUAUGACUUACACUUCAGUUGAGAUUAGUCCCUCACUUGCUGAGGUUCAAAGAGAAACUGUUGGUCAAGUGCGCAGUCACAUACCAAAGUUCAGAGUAGAAUGUCGUGAUGCUGCUGACCGGACUGGAUGGGGGGAUGUGGAGCAUCAACCGUGCUGGGUGAUAAUGCUUGAGGUCCUUGAUAAUCUUCCGCAUGAUCUUAUCUAUUCUGAAAAUCAGGUUUCCUCCUGGAAGGAAGUGUGGGUUGAGAGACAACAUGACAGAGACAUUCUAAGUGAGUUGUACAAGCCACUGAAAGACUCACUUAUUACACGUUGUGUUGAGAUCAUGGAUUUGGGUAAGACCCCUGCAACUCAAAGCAGUGCAAGAGCGAUGCUGAAAAACAUUUGGUCUAAACUCCACCCAAAACCCCGUAGAUGUUGGCUUCCAACUGGUUGUUUGAAAUUAUUCGGAGUGCUACAUGAGGUGCUACCAAAAAUGUCUUUAAUUGCUUCAGACUUCAGUUAUCUGCCAGAUGUGACAAUACCUGGCGAAAGAGCCCCAUUGGUUUCAACAAAGAGCGAUGGAAGAAGCACAGACUAUGGGAGUUAUUUAGAGGCACAGGGUGAUGCUGACAUCUUUUUCCCUACUGACUUUUGGCUGCUGGAACGAAUUGAUCAUUAUUGUUCAGGGUGGCUGAAACUACAGGGAGAUGAUACAUCCAAAAAAGGAAGGAAGAGGAGAACCAUUACGCUGGAAACAUCAUCUUUCAUGGAAGAGUUUGGCUUGCCCUCAAAGACAAGAACCAAGGAUGGAUACAACCCCCCCUUGAUGACUUCAAGAAUACCAAGUUUUUCCUGAGUGUCCCAACACACAAUAUUAAGUAGAUAGCCAGAACAAAUUCUUUCAUUCAAAAGUAUUUCUGUGGGAAUUCAAUUAAGCAUAAGCAGAUGUUUCUUCAUUGAGAGGGAAUGAGCAUGAGUUUUCAGAACUUCAUUGUCAGUGGAGUUAACAAAUUUUUUACAAAGGUUGCUGCUAUUAUAUGCACCUUUUUUUCUCUUUUCUUUUUAUCUCUCUCCAAAAGUAUCAGAUACAAUCAUUUUGGUGAAGUCAGAGGAUUCUGACUCCCUUGUUUCUCUCUUCUUUCUAUGUAGCCAUUGUUGUGAAGCCAAGGGAUUUGGACUCAAGUAAAUCAUGAACAUGAACAAGGGGUACAAAUAAAAUACUUUCUGUUAUCUGGUUGAACAAAGUCUCCCAGAUGGAUGGCGAUUGCUGACUGGAGCUUAGCUUACUUGUAUGUCUUAAAAAACAAAAGGAUAAAUCCAUUGCUACGAUUGAUAAGUUUUCUCCUCGGGUAAUACUGAUGUCUAAUGGUUUAGGUGACUAACCUUGUUUAGGUUUUGAAUGUUUGAUUUCUUUUUGCAAUGGUUUAUAGUUUAUACUUUAGGUUAUCUAUGGGGAGUCUGUAGCUUUGAUGCAGUUCACUGGGUUGUUAAGUUAGUCUUUGUAGUUCAAGAGGAGGAAAGAAAAAGAGUUAAAGGGAUGUUUACAUUACUUGUUUUACGCGCGCGCGUUUAUUAUAAUAAAGAUAUAUGAAACCAAUUUUUUAAA